AAGUCCACGUGUGUCUCCACAGCUAUGACAUGGUGCACUACGGUCACUCCAACCAAUUACGACAGGCCAAAGCGAUGGGAGAUUAUCUCGUAGUAGGAGUUCAUACAGAUGAGGAAAUCGCCAAGCACAAGGGUCCACCGGUCUUCACGCAGGCCGAGCGUUAUAAAAUGAUACGGGCCACGAAGUGGGUGGAUGAGAUUGUUGAGGGGGCACCGUAUGUUACUACGCUGGAGACGCUGGACAAGUACAACUGUGAUUUCUGCGUGCACGGAGAUGACAUCACAUUGACCGUGGACGGGAAAGAUACAUACGACGAAGUGAAGAGAAUGGGUCGAUACAGGGAAUGUAAACGCACACAAGGAGUGUCUACGACAGACCUAGUGGGUCGUAUGCUCCUGUUAACAAAAUCGCAUAACAGUAACGUUGUGAGUAGACUCUAUUCCUCCCACACAGAUAACUUUGGGAAGGGUCCUAAAGGGCACAGCCCCUGGACUGGUGUCUCUCAGUUCCUGCAGACGUCUCAGAAGAUCAUCCAGUUCGCUUCAGGAAAAGAACCACAGCCGGAAGACACAAUUAUUUAUGUGGCCGGAGCCUUCGACCUCUUCCACAUCGGUCACGUGGAUUUCCUCGAGACUGUUCACAAACAAGCAGAGAAACCUUACGUCAUUGUCGGACUGCACUUUGACCAGGAAGUGAACCGCUACAAAGGAAAGAACUACCCCAUCAUGAAUAUUCAUGAGAGAACUUUGAGUGUGCUGGCUUGCAGAUAUGUGUCUGAGGUUGUGAUCGGAGCUCCGUACACAGUAGGAAAAGAUCUUCUGGAUCACUUUAAGGUAGAUCUGGUGUGUCAUGGGAAAACCGAAGUGUUUCCUGACACAGACGGGACAGACCCUUACACCGAGCCGAGGAAGAGAGGCAUUUUCCGCGUCCUGGACAGCAGCAACAAUCUGACCACCGACGACAUCGUGCAGAGAAUCAUUGAGAACAGGUUGCAGUUUGAGGCCAGGAACCAGAAGAAGGAAGCUAAAGAGAUGGCUGUGAUUGAGGCUUUGAAGCAUAAAGAGGAUUCGCUGAAGACCGAGGCGGCUCUAGUGAAUAAUUAACCGAAACUGUCCAAACCGAACAAAUCAAGGGCUUCAUCAUAGAACCAAAAUUAACCCCGGACUGUUAUAUAAACACCCCGAACGAACAAAAUGCCUGAGCUGAAGAUGCUUUUAAGUGGACAUGGAGAAACGCAGACUGUUUUUUUUUUUGUUUUUGUUUUUUAUAAUUGCACGACUCUUGUUUGAUACAAAAGCAAAAAAAAAGCACUUCGUUAUGUGUGACAAAAGCACUUCGUUAUGUGCGGAGAAGUUUUAUGAUACCUAUAAAAUGGGUUCGAAGACAUUCUCUCUGAAUGGGAGGAACACUGAAAAACAUUCAGCAGCUAAUUUUGCAUUUUGUAUGGAUGUUAUGGGAGGGAGGAUUGUGUCAUUUUGGUGGUUUUUUGAACUGGUAAUCCAUCCGCACAAAUUUGUAGUUGAGCAGAGAAACACUUAGUGAAGAAACACUAGAUGUUGACUACAAUAGCAUGCAUACUAGCUCUAUGCAUGUUUUCUUAUUAGGAUUUUAUGUUGGGAUUUUACUAUUAUUAUUAUUAUGUGUUUUAUAUUUUGUGACAUUUUACCCCAAAAUCAAAGUUAUUAUAAUAUUUUAAGAUUUAUAAGAUUGUUCCUAUUUUAAGACUAAGGCUUUUUAUUUGCAUUGUGAUAUUUUUAUUUAUUUACUUAAUUUCCAUCUGUAUUCUCAUUACCUUAAUAUAUCUGGACAUUUAUCUUCUUUUUUAUUUUUUGUUUGCAGUUCUAAUUGUUUUCAGAAGUGAUUCUUAUUCUAUUCUCUUUAUAGUAUUUUUAAUAGGUAUGUAUAAAUUAAGGAUAUACUAUACAUGAUACAUAAAUACUUUACAACUUUAAUGUAUUUUUAUCCUUUUUUUUAAAUUAUUAUUAUUGUUAUUUUUUCAAUUUUGGUAGUGAGAUUUUCACAAAUGGGAUUUUUUUUUGUCAAGAUAGUAUCACAAUGCAAAAAAAGGAAAAGAAAAAUAAUUUAAAUCAUAUAUAUACAUUUUUUUUUAUUUAUUUUUUAUUUUUUUGUAGUGAAAUGUCAUCCUGGCCAUUUUUAAUGUUUUUAACCCUGGAAUAUUUUAUUCUAGCGGUUUUACCUUUUUCGUCAUCACUGAACACUUGAUAUGCGUGUCCUGAAAAAAAAAAAUCUCAGAACUAAUCUCUGAAGUUUUGUUUCAUACACUGUCCACAGUCACCUAUCUGGCAUUUUACUCGGUUUUACCACUUUUAUUUUCACGUUCUUAAUAUUGUUUGUUGUGACAUGAACAAAGUCACAGCCAAAGACUCUUUGACCUCAGGUGAUUGAUGUCCGUUUAAUGUCACGCUUUAAUUUUAACAGAUUUUUACAAACAUCUGUCUCUAAACUAAGUUGAUUAUUAAAAGUCAAACUUGCUUUUAUCUCAUAUGUACUUUUAUCUUGUUUUAUGCGGUUUGUUGUCUUUUUUUUGUUCAAUGAAUGUCAAAGCACCUUGCAAUUGCAGCAUGUUUUUAGUUUGUAACAUUUCCUGCACAUUUAGGUUGAAUUGCUGUGGGGAAAAAAACACUGUUUUUACAUUGCAGAAAUGUUGAGUGACCAAUUCUGAAUUUGGUGUUAAUGUCUUCAGAAAGUCUAUAAUUUACCGUCCCAUGCAUAAUAAACCGUAAGCCAUCAAAACACCUCCAUUAAUUGCUAUUUAAAUUGCAAUAAAAAUGUAUGAAAAACGGCC